GCCGGUUAAUGAUCUGUGUUUACACUGCGUGCUUAUAUAUGGACCGCAACAUAUUCUAAAACCACCGACCGUUUAUUUUACGUUGGUUCACAGUAGGGGAGCGAUCCAAUAUUUAUUUCUCGUUUGCUGUUUGGACGAUUUUAACGAAAUGAAUGAACAAAAAGUCACAAAUUAUUUAAGAAAAAAGAAAAAUUUGCCAAAACUGAAAGACCAACCGUGUGACCUCCCAUCCAAUGUUGGAACCCCAGAUUGCCUUUCACCCAGCGUGGAUGAACAAUUGAAGCAAUUACGAGAUUUUGAUUUAAACAAUAAGUUCGGACCAAGUCAAGGAAUACCUCGUGUUGAUCGUUGGGAAAGAGCUUCUCGAUUACAGCUUGACCCCCCAAUACAUAUCAUGCAGAUAUUACAAAGCAACUUAAACAACAACAAGUUUCAAUCUUCCAUAUGGAGUGGUCACAAACUUUUAGACUGAAUAUUUUAUGCAACAGUAUUUGUUUUUAUAUAUUUUAACUUAUUUAAAUUAUUGACAGCAAUAUUUUUCAUUAAUGUUCCAAUUUUAUGCACUUUUAAAAUAAUUGUGUUUUGUAAAUAAACCACUAUCGUACAAUUAGCUGGUUAUCUUAUUUUACUGAAGGUUCUUGUGCUUUGAUUAAAACCAGAGCAUUUGUGAAUGCUGUGAAUUAGAAGUUAAAUUUUUAAACCUAUUAUGAUGUUUUUUAAAUGUCUUUCAUGUUUGUUACUUUACUGGAACAAGGCGAUUUAUUGCAAUAAAGCAACCGCU